AUGGCGUACCAAAAGCUGCCUGUAGUUUAUCUCAAUUUGGAUCUGGUGAUACAAAAAGCAAACCAAGCUUUUGCGGACCUGGUAUCGUUCCUCGGAGACAUCAGGGGUAAACAUCUUGGUGAUCUUCUGGAAGCCCAACAGAACGAAAGCAUGCAGCGUUUGCGAAACGAACUGCGCGACGAACGCGACGAACGUGAGCCGACAUACAUGGCGCCUAUCACUCCGAUUGGGCAAGAUCCUAUGCGUGCGGUGAUGGACUCUAUUGCAGAUCAGGACAUCGACCAUGUCACCCAGGGCUACACGAACAGGUCCAUGUUCCUUAGCUUCCGCCUCCCCAGUAGUGGACAGUACCAGUCGCUGCAGGUCCAGAUCCGGCUUGCUAGAACGUCUCUUUACUUCGUGACUCUAGUCGUUUGCUCACUGCCAAGGCACGCCGUUCCGACUCUUCUAACGCAGCCGUUAGCUACUUCAACUGCAAGGCAUGCUUCACAGACGAUGUCUGCACCGGCAAUAGCUCCAGUCACGCAGUACACGCCUCAUCCAGAUCGACGAACAUCGACGAACAGCUCUGCACCAAACUCACCCUUUUUUAACUUCUCGUCCAUCCGAACAUCUCUUCCUACAUUCAGUCCCAGCUCUUACAAGAGCAGCCCAUCACACGGCUACUCCCCGACCGGAGGCCCGGAAUCGGGAUACUUCCCAACGUACCAGGCACCCCCACAACCCACAACAAGCGCAUAUCCUUCUCCAUACCCGCAAAAUGCUCGGACGCCAGCAGGAACUUCAGAACCCUUGCGAGAGCUCAAUCGUCCUCCGCGCCUCGAAGGCUUGCAUCUUCCGCCUAUCCGAACAGGGCCGGCACCUCUUGGUUCACCACUACACGUCGAAACAGGUGCUGGCGCCUUGGAACGCGAGCGUUUGCGACCACGCGAUUCCCCCUCGAGUAGUGCCGAACAACAGAGGCCUGAGUCGCCCGAAACUGGCAAGCGGAGGCGUUUGAAUAUACAUGAGGUGCUGGACUAA